AUGUCCAAAACUGUUUCAUACAACAAUUGCUUCAACAUGCUUUUGAAAUUGAAAACUGAGGCCCUCCCUAUUCUUAAUGCAGGAGUAUCUAAUUCCAAAGGUAUUUGGGAAGAGAUACGAAUCAAACAUGAAAAGGUACCUUGGCACAAGCCUAUCUGGUUUCCCCUUCACAUUCCAAAAUUCAACAUUAUUACUUGGUUUGCAAUCCUUGAUCGACUCCCAACUAGGGAAAGACUUAUUCGAAUGGGAAUUACCAUAGUUGGUUCUUGUACUUUAUGCAAUGAUGCCCUUGAAACGAGAAAUUAUUUGUUUGCUGAUUGUGCUAUGGAUGCUACUCUUUGGAAUGGAAUUCUAAAUCUUUCUCUCUUGGCCAAACCUCAUAUGUCAUGGGAUAACAAGCUUGCUUGGGCUUCUUCGACUUGGAAAGGAAAAUCUCUCCUUACCACCAUCAUGAAGAUUGCUUGGUGUUCUUUCAUUUACUUUGUUUGGGAGGAAAGAAAUAGACGUUUAUUCCAAGGAAGAGAUAGAACCAUUGAAGAUUUGCUUAAUUCCAUUAAGGAGAUUGUUCGUACUCAUCUUAGAAAUAGCGAUCUAAAUAGACUUGAUAAUGUUAAUAUGCAACUUUGUACCAAUUGGGGUAUAGGCUAA